ACGCGCAUGCAAGGGCGGGAUCUUUGGCGCUUAAAACGAAAGACAAACGUUUCUUACACUCACACACUUGACACUACUCCAAUUGCCCUCCCUUCGUUCCUCAAUUCCUCAUGGACGAGCCCUCGCUGCAACUCGUCUCCGAAAUCGCAACUCGCCUCGCUGAGCGAACUCGUCCCAACAAAGACUUCAUCCUCAAAUCCCUCCGACAAGCCACAGAUGCUUUGUCCGAGUUAAAACAGUCUCCUCAGCCUAAAACGGCCAAAGAAGUAAAGGCUUCUAAGAAACGAGAAGCUGCUUUGAAGUCCUUGGCAAAUGCUGUGGUUUCCGGUGGUCUACUUCAACAUGCAGAUAGGGAUGUUAGGCUUAGGGUUGCUAUUUGCGUCACUGAUCUUUUUAGACUUAUGGCACCUGAACCGCCUUUCGAAGACAAGCAUUUGAGGGAUGCGUUUAAGCUUAUAAUUAGUUUGUUUGCGGAUUUAGCUGAUACUGCCAGUCCAUUCUUUUCUAAAAGGGCUAAAGUAUUGGAGACUGUGGCUCAAUUAAGGUGUUGUGUGAUAAUGCUGGAGAUAAACUGCAUAGACCUGGUUCUUGAGAUGUUCAAUACUUUCUUCUCGGUUGCAAGAGAUGAACACCAUGAUAGUUUGAUCAGGGCAAUGAUUUCUAUAAUGAUAAACAUUUUGAGUGAGAGUGAGGGGGCAUCUCAGCAACUAUUGACAGUGAUUUUACGAAAUAUUGUAAAGCAAAAACAAGAUGCUGCUUAUCAACUUGCUGCAUCAGUCAUUGAAACUUGUGCACAGGAGGAUGAGCUGAACCCCCUAGUUUGUGGGUUUUUAACUUCUUGUAUACAUGACAGAGAUGCUAUGGACAGUGAACUUAAAGAAUAUUACCAUGAAAUUUUCUUUAAAGUUGUCUGGUGUGCGCCUCAGAUGCUUCUUGAUGUUGUCCCAACCUUAAUGAAAGAAUUAUUGGCUGAUGAAGUUGAUGUACGUAUAAAAACUGUUAAGUUGGUGGGGAAGCUUUUUGCACGUCCUGAACAUCAUGGUGCUCUGAAGUAUCAUGAACUUUUUGUGGAGUUUGUGAAAAAAUUUUGUGAUAAAUCUGUGGAUGUUAGGAUUAGUGCUCUACAAUGUGCUAAAACUAUCUAUUUGGAGAAUCCCUACGCAAGAGAAUCCCAUGGAAAUGAAAUUAUCACUUGUAUUGAAGAUAGAUUAUCAGACUUUGACGACCAAGUGAGAAAGCAGGCAGUUCUUGUUGCCUGUGAUAUUUUCAGGUCAAACCUGACAACUGAUCCAUCCAAACUAAUGAAACUGCUAUCUCAAGCCACCGAAAGACUUCGGGAUAUAAAGAUGAAUGUUAGAAAGAGUUCCUUGCAGAAGUUAAUUAUGGUUUAUCAAGAUUAUUGCAAGAAAUGUUAUGAAGGCAGCAUGACAAUUAGCAAUCACUUUGAAGAAAUUCCAUGUAAAAUUAUGAUGCUGUGCUAUAAUAAAGAUUGUAAGGAGUUCAGGUCACAGCACAUGGAAUUUGUUCUUGCUGAUGAUCUAUUCCCCAAGGAUCUUCCAGUUGUGGAAAGGAUAAACCACUGGAUACACAUGUUUUCUCUUUUCAGUUUCUCUCAUGAAAGGCUACUGAAUACUAUUUUGACUCACAAGAGAAGGUUCCAAAAUGAAAUGAAAAAUUAUUUGGCAAUGCGGAAGAAAUCGAAGGAAAUUUGUUCUGAAGAAAGGCAGAAGAAGAUUGAAAGUAUGUUUACAAAAAUGGCAGCAUUCUUUCCGGAUUCUCACAAAGCUGAAGAGUGUCUUCAUAAGUUAAACCAAAUUAAAGAUAAUAGUGUGUUUAAAUCACUUGAAAAAUUGUUGGAGGAACAAGCCUUCACCACGGUUGAACAGAAUAUGAAAGAUAAACAUCUGGUUAUUGGAGACAACAUACCAAAUUAUGAGUUUUUACGUCCGCUCUUGUCGAAAUGUUCAGACAACAUUUUCAGCUCAGAGCAUGUCCAAUGUAUCUUGGAUUAUCUUUCCAAUAAUGAAAAUGGAAAUAAGGAUUUGGAGGAUUCUUCUGCAAAUCUUCUGCUGGCUAUUGUUCGAAAUUUUCCCUCUAUGAUGAAAGGCUUGGAAAAGCAGUUCCAAAAGUUAUUGGAGCAGAUAAGUCCUGUAAAUGACAAGCUGAUUGAUGUCAUAGCAAAGGCAGGCUCUCAUAUGUCUUUCAAUCAUAGUGACAUUUUUCCAUUUCUCAAAAGAAUUUGCUUUGAUGGAACUCGCAGACAGGCCAAAUUUGCAUGCUCUGCAAUUGCUGCUUUAAGUUAUGAACAAUCAGUUUUCAAAAAGUUAUAUGAGGAACUAAUUGAUUCUUUAUAUAGCGAGUGGAAUGUCCCUACAAUUUUGCAAUCUAUGGGAUGCAUUGCACAAUACUGUGUUUCAAAUUUUGAAACUCGAGAUGAAGAGAUCACAUCAUAUAUAUGCCAGAAUAUCAUUCAAAUGGAGCAUUCGGAUGAUGGUCAUGAUGCAACAUCCUUUCCGGAUAUCUCUCAAUGUAGCAAAUCUUGUCAAUUAAAGAUUUAUGGGCUGAAAGCACUGGUGAAGAUUUAUUUGCAUUAUAAAGGGAGUCAUGUCGAACAUAAUAUUAAUGGUUUGUUGGACAUCUUGUCAAGAAUGUUACGGGAAAGUGACAAUUUCUUUAGUACAUCUACGAGCUCAUGUGAAAAUGAUAAGGCUCAUAUCAGAUUGGCUGCUGCAAAGGCAAUACUUCGUCUUGCUAGGAAGUGGGAUUUUCAUAUUACUCCGGAGAUUUUUCGAUUCACUAUAUUGAUUGCAAAGGAUUCUUCUUUGUUUGUUAGGAGCACAUUUCUUAAUAAGACACAAAAGUUGUUGAAGGAGCAUAAACUACCAAUCAGAUUUGCUUGUGCUUUUGCACUUGAGGAUAUGCAAUAUCAGAACUAUAAAUAUAUGACAGAGUUUAUAAAGGAUUACAGUAUAGUAGCUGGUAGACGACAAACCUCUGUUGUUCCAGGAGCAAUUGUUGAUUACCCAGCAUACAUUUUGGUGUUUUUGAUUCAUGUGCUUGCACGGAAUAAUGACUUUCCAGUUGAAGUCUGUGAAGAUGAAAAAGUAUAUGCUGACCUUUGUAGUCCACUCUUUUUUAUCCUGCAGGUAUUAGUUGACGUCAGUAUUGUUGAUGGUGACCUGGACAUUGUUAAUGUUGCUGUCCUACAUGUAUUUAGUAUUUUUCGAGCAAUCAGAAAGGUUGAGGAUGCUGUUGAUGUGCAGAUGACAACUAAGCUUCAUAUGCUGGCUGAAAUUGGGAUAUUUGCUUUGAAUAAAUUAAAUCAUGGUGGAAUUUCCGUAUUGAAAAAUCCUGGACAAGUUUUAUUGCCUUCAUCAUUAUAUAGAGCCAGUUCAAAAUGUCCAGUGUCCUUUUUUGAUGAAAAUUUUCUAAGUAGAGUCUUUCAUGUGCUUAAAAAAUCUACUCUGCCUCAUGGAUAUGCUCAAAAGACUGCAAAAUCACUUCCUAAGCAUGGUCAUAAGGUUCAACAGGAUGUUCUGAAGUCUAAUAUUAAUAUUUAUGGUGUACUGGACUUGGCAUCCAAACCGGAUGAUUUGUCAAGGAGAGAAAUCGCAAAUGAUAAAUCUGUGAGGCCAAAUAUCCCAUCAAAGAAAAGGAAAAAAAGUGAGACUAUGUCUGGUUCUGGAUCCGUUGGUUUACAUGAAUGCUCUAUGAUUGAAAAGCGACAAAAAUUAGCAUCAAAACAUUCUGGAAAGGCAAUAGACAGAAACUUGCUUUCAUCAAGUGAUCCUGUGAGGUCUGAAUCACAUGGGCAAACCCGUAAAUCAAAAAGAGCAGCUGCUUCUACGUUGAAGAAUGCUGUGACAAGUAGCAAUCAUACUGUUGAACCAUUCAAAUGUCCUAGAACCAAACUGAAAGAUACAUAUGGCUCAAAGAAAAAUGAUAUACUAGCAGAUGUUUCAAAUAAAAGUCAUUUUAGCCUCCGUGGACCCGAUGAAUAUUCUUCCGUCAAUAGUAUACAAGCUACUGUUACAAGAAGUCUUGCCACCAAAGAGGGAACACCACUGAAUUCAGAAAAUACAAAUGUAAACGAAAGGGGAAAAUAUACAGAGACACCAGCUUCAGGAGUUGUCAAUACAAAAACAUAUGCUGUCAGAACAAGACGGAAAGUAUAAAUGGUAUGCCGUGUUCCCGCCUUCAGUUACAGAUACUGGGCUUUAAAGACUGCAUUAAAAAAUAGUUACUAUAGCUCAUGUAUGAAUUAGUUUUUAGUGCUACACGUCUCUCGAAAGUCGAACCCCAAAAUUGUGGGGUUAAUCAUUAUUUUUUGCACUGUCACAUACUGCGGCAUUCCCCGUAUCGGCAAAAUCAAGAGCUUGUGUUUAUACAUUUUCCACCUGUUUAUAUUUAUACAUUUGUUAUGUCUUGUAUAUAUUUAGAUUUAGA